GAUUCAUUUCACGACCCUCAAGUGACCCUGACAAAUUCUGACAUGAGCCAACGGUGAAACUACGCUAUCUGGACUGUCAUGCUCCGUUUUCCCUCGUGCAGAAACGAUGAGUGUUCUUCUGGAAACAUCACUGGGAGAGAUCGUGAUUGAUCUUCUGGUUGACAGCGCGCCCAAAUGUUGUGAGAAUUUUCUCAAACUCUGCAAGAUCAAGUACUACAAUUUCUCGCCAGUGCACAGUGUUCAGAAAGGGUUUUCAUUUCAGACAGGUGACCCACUAGGCCCGGAUGCCCCAGACAGUGAUGGCGGUAGUUCGAUAUGGGGCUUGCUCUCUGGGCCGGCGAAGAAAAGCUUUGUCGCAGAAAUCGAUCCCAAACGCAAGCAUGAGGAACGUGGCACUGUGAGCAUGGCGACGGUCCCUUCGUCUAACGACCCCGACCAACGGCUUGCUGGGAGCCAGUUCAUCAUUACCCUCGGCGACAACAUUGACUACCUCGAUGGCAAAGCUGCCCCGUUUGGAAUGGUGGUGGAAGGUUUCGACACUCUAGAGAAGAUCAACGACGCUUUCACGAAUUCAAAUGGCAGGCCAUUGAAGGACAUCCGAAUAAAACACACUAUCAUCCUGGAGGAUCCCUACGAUGACCCUCCCGGGCUUGUGGAGCCAGACUCUAGUCCUGCUCCUACAAAGGCGCAAUUGGCAACUGUCAUGAUCGCAGAUGAUGAGGAACUUGCCGAGGAGGUGGAUGAGGCUGCGAUGGAAAAGUUACGACGAGAGCGCGAAGCCCGGGCUCAAGCAUUGACCCUAGAAAUGGUCGGCGAUCUCCCCUUUGCAGAAGUCAAACCUCCAGAAAAUGUGCUGUUUGUCUGCAAGCUGAACCCGGUCACCCACGACGAAGAUUUGGAACUGAUUUUCAGCCGUUUUGGAAAGAUCUUGUCUUGCGAGGUCAUCAGGGACAAACGAACGGGUGACAGUCUGCAGUACGCAUUCAUCGAGUUUGAGAAUCAAAAGGAUUGCGAGCAAGCGUACUUCAAGAUGCAAGGAGUCCUCAUUGAUGACCAUCGAAUUCACGUCGAUUUCUCACAGAGUGUUUCUAAGCUGUCUGAUACCUGGAGAGACGCGACGAAUUCAAAGCGGGCGAGACACGUGGGUGGCUUUGGAGGGAUUGCCAGUUUAGAAAAGAAGAGCCAUUACCGAGAGGAGGACGAGCGGUCAGGUGGUGGACGUGGUUACCGAAUGGUGUUUGACAAGAGAGAUAUGAAGCGAGGUCCAGAUUCACGGCCAGAGUCGACAGAUGACAGACGGAGGAGUCGAAGCCGUAGCCCUCGAUACGACAAGCGCUCUCACCAUCGAGAUGGUGAUCGAAGGGACCGGGACAGAGACCGCAAUUGGGAUAGGGAUAAGGGCAGGGACAGGGACAGGGACAGGGACCGCUACCGAGAAUCAGAUAGGAGAGGCGACCGCCGGGCGGAUCGAGACAGAGAUCACUAUCGUCGUCAAGAUCGCUAAUGAUCUACCACGGUCAGGGCCGAUUUGUUACGAGUUCCACAUGUGUAUUUCUACUGCAAUGAAUAGCCAGAGUCAAAAGGUCACUGGGCUGAGACCAUUGUGAACAUCAAC